CGAAGAAACCCUCAUCUCCACCUAAGAAUCCCUGGACUGUUUAUCUAAUCCUCUCCACCAAUCCGCCCAUCAAGACUUAUGUCGGUGUCACCAAUAAUUUCUCUCGCCGGUAUCAAAUUCUCCUCUCUACUUUCUCAUUGCUUGAAACAGCACAACGGAGAGUUAAUAGGUGGUGCGAAAGCCUCGACUGCUGGAAGGCCGUGGACUUGUGCAUGUCUUAUACAGGGAUUUGCGGAUAAAAGUAAAGCUUAUCAAUUUGAAGCAAAGUGGAAAAGCAUCUCAAAAAAAUUGCCGCGGAAAAGAAGUGGCAAGAACCAGGAACAAGCAGAGAAUUCGCAGCACUUGCUAUUACAACAUCGAUAUGCAGCUCUAAAUCAAGUCAAGGAUUUCAUUAAUUGCAGUGAAUUGGAAAUCAGCUGGCACUUGGAUCCGACAUAAUGUGAGUGUAUUGAGUCUAUUGACACUAACAAACUUCAAGUUGAGUUAGGUGCUCAGAUACACCACAGCUCAGGUCAAAAUAUGGAGGUACUUUUGCACUCUGGAUUAAACAGAUUUAGUUGAACUAUAACUUAUAAUUAAUUCUCAGGAAUAACCCUUGGGAGGUAUUCCUGUAGAGUGUCGUCAACAUUGUAACCUGAAAGCCAUAACCAGCCUCCAGUCUAUGUGAAAUUGUAAGGUUAAUAUCGUAGAUAAAUUAUAACAUUUCAUCUUGUAUUUUUCUCUUGGUAUACAAUUGUAAUUUCAUUUUAUCUUAUAUGUAAUUUAUGUAAUUGACCGCUAAAAGGAAUAGUAGAUGCAAAUAGUUCCAUAUUACUUUCUC